GGAGCCCCGUCCAUUGCCCCAUCCCCUCUUCAUGAAUAAAAGAAGCAGAGAGGAGCCUAUCAGUGAUCACAGCCUCUCCUCCUCCACUGUGCCACAAACUUCUGGACACUUUAACAACUUACAAAGCUCCUCAUCUGACAGUCAGUGCCCCCCAAACACCCAUCAGGACCCCAGUAUCACCCCAUCCAGGCUCCUACUUCUUCUCUUACCUCUGGGAACCUUCUCCCCCUCAGACUUUUUUGGGGACCACCACCUCUCUGUGCAGAGAUAUAUAUAUAUAUUUUUCUGCUGCAUCUUUUUUUUAAUUCCAUAAUCCUGGGGGGCUGCACCCGGCCGGGCGCAUCGCUGCCAUACACUUGCUGUUUUGCCGGGCACUUAUUUGGCUCCGGUGAUAACGAGGAGUCUUCUUCAUUUGACCAACAGCGAAUGGCUGCCCUGCCUGGCACUGUCCCAAGAAUGAUGCGGCCAGCUCCAGGUCAGAAUUACCCCAGGACUGGAUUCCCCCUAGAAGUCUCUACUCCUCUGGGCCAAGGUCGAGUGAACCAGCUCGGGGGAGUCUUCAUCAAUGGCAGACCCCUGCCCAACCACAUCAGACACAAGAUAGUAGAGAUGGCCCAUCAUGGCAUCCGACCAUGUGUCAUCUCCAGGCAGCUCCGGGUCUCCCAUGGAUGUGUGUCCAAAAUCCUAUGCAGAUACCAGGAGACUGGCUCCAUCCGGCCCGGGGCCAUCGGGGGCAGCAAGCCCAGGCAGGUGGCCACUCCCGAUGUUGAGAAGAAGAUCGAGGAAUACAAGAGGGAGAACCCAGGGAUGUUCAGCUGGGAGAUCCGGGACCGACUACUGAAGGACGGACAUUGUGACCGCAGCUCGGUCCCCUCAGGUUUAGUGAGUUCGAUUAGCCGAGUCCUGAGAAUAAAGUUCGGGAAAAAAGAGGAAGACGACGAUUGCGACAAGAAGGAUGAAGACGGGGAGAAGAAGACCAAGCACAGUAUCGAUGGCAUCCUGGGUGACAAAGGGAAUCGUCUGGAUGAAGGGUCAGAUGUGGAGUCAGAACCGGAUCUUCCACUGAAGCGAAAGCAGCGGCGCAGCCGCACAACCUUCACCGCCGAGCAGCUGGAGGAGCUGGAGAAGGCCUUUGAGAGGACACAUUAUCCAGAUAUCUACACCAGGGAAGAACUAGCGCAGAGGACUAAGCUCACUGAAGCCCGGGUGCAGGUGUGGUUCAGCAACCGAAGAGCUAGGUGGCGCAAACAGGCAGGAGCCAACCAACUGGCAGCAUUUAACCACCUACUGCCUGGUGGGUUUCCACCCACAGGAAUGCCAGCAUUGCCUCCAUACCAGCUCUCAGAGACGUCAUACCCUACAGCCGGCCUUUCUCAAGGUCAGAACAUUUACGAUGGUGGAAGCACAGUCCACAGACCUCAACCUCUUCCUCCUUCAUCGAUGCAUCAAGGAGGUUUAUCAGCGACUGCGGACACUGGAGCAGCUUACGGGGCACGACACAGCUUCUCUACCUACUCUGACAGCUUCAUCAACCCCGGGGGACCUUCCAACCAUAUGAACCCAGUCGGGAAUGGCCUCUCCCCACAGGUUAUGAGCAUCCUCAGCAGUCCCAGCGGAGUGGCCCCACAGUCCCAGUCAGAAUUUUCUAUCUCUCCUCUGCACAGUGGGUUGGAAACCAGUAACUCUCUCUCAGCUAGCUGCAGCCAACGCAGUGACUCCAUCAAAUCUGUGGACAGCCUCCCUACAUCCCAGUCUUACUGUGCGCCAACUUACAGUACAACAGGUUACAGCAUGGAUCCAGUAGCAAGUUACCAGUAUGGACAGUAUGGGCAAACUGCUGUUGAUUAUUUGGCUAAAAACGUCAGCCUGUCCACACAGCGCCGAAUGAAGCUUGGAGAACACUCGGCUGUCUUGGGCCUUUUACCUGUAGAAACUGGACAAGCAUACUGAAGAGUUCACACACCAGUAGAUGCUACAAGCACCAGUGCCAGAGGGCUUUACACCUUUCUGUAUACAUUUGUGCCCAACCCCCCUCUCAUCUACUGAGACAAUGUACCAGAGAUGACUCUCUGCAGUGCAAAGGUAUUGCUAUGUAAUGCCAGCAGUUAUCCAUUCAAUGUAGCAGAAGCUUCUGGUUGAUCAUGGAAUACUCUCAAAUACUAUUCAGACUUCUAAGCCAAUUCAUCGUCCAGGCACAUGAUGCAAGAACCAACCCGCUUCAAAUUGGCACACCGUUCGCCUGUGAAAUUCGCAAAAUCAAGGCACAAAUAAGGAAAAUCUGCCAUGAUUCUAUGACCAGAUGUGGAACAAUUCAAGUUAGAUUGCAAGCUUUUGUUUUACCAUUUACCCACAUUUCAUUCUAUGUUUUACAAUGUUUUUGAAGAACAUUCCCACAGGCAUUCCAUAAAGGGGAAUCGUGGAGCAAAGACUAAAAAACAUAUUACUCAAAGGAGUCCAUGCAAGUAAAAGUACAUUCAACCACAACAAAUACUCCGGAGAAAUGUUUACUUAAUUGAAAAUUUAAGAAAAUUAGCACUCUUUCCAUUGACUACUUUUUUUGUAUUAAUUUGAGAGCGCUGUUAUGAAAAUUUAAACCCGUCCCAGAUCUACAAAUAAAAAAAAAAAAAAACAUUUAACAAAAGUUAACAUGGACCAACUUGGUAUAUUCAGUGAUGGGGAAACAUUGUUCCUGAUGUCCAGAACAUGACUGAUAUAUGAACUACUUGGAUGGGGUUUAAAAAGGUAAUUUUUUUUGUCAUUGCUGCGAUAACAUAAAACAAUCACACAGGUGAACAUAUAAACCUAUGCUCUAAUGAUAUUCCAUUUCCCAACAUUCCAAGAUGAUAGAAAACAUACAUAAUGUGAUAAACUAUGUAAUGAUGAACACUGUCUCAUAAAGAUGGCAGGGAUCUCCCACGUGUUCAGGGUCGCGUAGUACAACACUCACUGCAGGUAACAGGAUUCUCGUGGACCAAUAAUGGAGGUAGGAACAGGCAUGUCACUAGUCCAUAGAGCCUUUGACUCCAUUGUUGAGGAGACCACAAAAGUCUUACUAGUCAAGUUUUAGCUAUUGGUUUAAGAUAUGUACAUAGUAUAGUUAACCUAACCCAGAGGAGUCCAGUGCUGAAGCUCAUUCCUGUGAAUAUUUUCACAACUAAAGAUGUAUAGUAAGGUUGAUGUAUAUGAAAUAUGUGAUGUCUUUAAAAGCAAUUUAUAUAUUCUGUUUCAAGAGAAAAAAAUAUUGAUAUGGGGACUGGUGGUGAAUAAAGGGGAACAAAGGGCAUGUUUUUUUUCCCAAGCACUCGGCAUAAAACAAUUCUCUACAACAGACUUUAAGCUCAUACAGGGGAUCCCUGGAUAAAGAAGACAACAAGACAAUGUAAAAAGAGACAUUCCAUGUGGAGUUUUAUGUAUCAAAAAUGGAGCUGUUGUCGCUUGCACAUUUGGACACUUGUUUUUUUUAUAUAUAUAUUUCUAUAAAAUGAACAUUUGAGGGAUGCAGCUCAGUACCACAGGGACUAUGUUUCGUGGUUGCAGUAUCCCACGUAAAAAUGUAUAUUAAUUGCUUCUAACCCUUUAGUCUAAUGCCACCAACCAGGAUCCUCUUAUAUAGCACUAGUAGGCAUUCCAUAAUAACUGACUGUCACCUCUGUGUCUGAUUUCAUGUCACUCCAAGCGUGUACAUAUAUAUGUGUAUAUAUAUAUAUAUAUGUGUGUGCAUACAUAUAUAUAUAUAAUCCCACUAUAAUUUAUUCAGCUAUAUUAAGUCGUAGAUUAGAAUGAUAAACUUGUACUUGUUUUACCCUUAUUUCUGCUGGCAGGUGUCUGCAAGCUACAGAUAACCUAUCUGGCAGUGACAGGGUUAACUACCUGCGCCUGUGUGUGUUUUUUGUGUACCUCAGGCAUUGCUGUUAUGCAUUAAAGAAGAUGAACCCUA